CGGCAAAACCACUGCUUAGUCAUUACCCCAAUCGCUGAUCCUCGAUGCUUAAAUAAACCAAACUCAAGAUAAGGCCCGCGACCCAACCUUUAAGUUGUACUACUUGUACCAGAUAACCUCAUUCCAGGCCCUAGAGACCAUGCUUCCAAUCCGUGCAACCCUCCGCAGCACCUCCGGCGUGCGCCUCUUCUCCACAACACGAGGCCUCCGCGCCGACCUGUCCUACCAGGUCUUUGGCCCGGAGAAAGCGGAAGUCACUCAGAGUCCCAUCAUCUUUCUGCAUGGGCUGUUCGGCUCUAAGCAGAACAAUCGGGGUAUUAGCAAAGCGUUGGCACGUGAUCUCAACCGUGAGAUCUUCACGCUGGAUCUUCGAAACCAUGGCCAGUCCUUCCACUCCGAAGAACACAACUACACCGCCAUGGCCGAAGACGUCGUCAAGUUCCUCCAGCAAUUGAAGCUGGACAAGUGUGUCUUGAUCGGCCAUUCAAUGGGCGCCAAAGCCGCCAUGACCGUCGCCCUCGACUCACCCAAGCUCGUCUCAGCUCUUGUCCCCGUCGACAACGCCCCCGUCAAUGCUCCCUUGAAGAGUGAUUUCGGCCUCUACGUUCGUGGCAUGCAGCAUAUCGAAGCUGCGAACGUGACGAAGCAGUCCGAGGCUGAUGAGAUCCUGAAGGGCUAUGAGGAGUCUCUGCCCAUCCGCCAAUUUCUCCUCACCAAUUUGGUCCGUUCGCAAGAGGACCAGACGAUGAAAUUCCGCGUUCCGCUCGCGGUUCUGGGUAAUUCUAUGUCUGCGAUGUCUGAUUUCCCGUACCGGGAACCGGGCGCUGUCUCGUAUGAGGGACCUACGCUGUUUGUUCGGGGCACGAAGAGUAAGUACGUGAGCGAUGAAACGGUGCCGGCGAUUAAGAAGUUCUUCCCGAAUGCUCAAAUAGCGGAUGUCGAGGCUGGGCAUUGGUUGAUCUCGGAGAACCCCGAGGCUUUUAGACAAGCGGUGGUCAAGUUCCUUCAGGAUGCUCCGUAGUGCUUUACUAUAAUGAACGCGCAUACAGACAUAGAUACAGGACACCGAGCAUGUACAUUAUUGCAUAUGUGCAAAACUUUUGGAUAGUAUCAAACAGAAAAAGGCCCGGGAUCGUGUCACCUGAAACCACAAGGCAGAAGAAGAAAAGUAAAUAAGCAUUUGCAACACAUGGAUAUCCAGCAGAAAUCCAACUUUUGACUAGCGAUGGA